ACAAAGAAAACUCAAUCAGAUUUAAACCUUCACGAUUGCUCCACAGGAAGAGAGCACUAAGUUUUCAGAAGGAGUUUUCAUUUGAAGAUAAAGAAGAACUUGCAAGCAGCACAAAGGAUAUUGAUGCUAACCUCUUAGCAGUACUACCAAAAGUUUCAGAAUUAAGAAAACUGUUUGAACCAAACAACCAAGAUUUUUUGGAAAUGAAAAGAAAAGAGAGAAUAGCUCGACGCUUAGAGGGGAUUGAAAAUGAUACACAGCCCAUGCUUCUGCAGAACUGCCCAGGAUCAGUCACACACCGUUUACUAGAGGAAGAUACACCAAGAUACAUGCGUGCAACUGAUCCAUACAGUCCCCACCUAGGAAGAUCAAAUGAAGAGGAGGAAACUUCAGAUUCUUCUGUAGAAAAGCAACCCAGAUCAUCCAGAUACCGAGCAGAAAUCACAGGAGGUAAUACAGAGCCCUCGUAUAGUACAGGAAACAUGGAUGUCCAGGAACUAGAGUCAAAAGCAGAAAGAAUAGCUAGAUACAAGGCAGAAAGGCGGCGCCAGCUGGCAGAAAAAUAUGGAUUAUCUCUUGAUUCUGAUUUGGAUUCUGACUACUCAUCCAGAUAUACACGGGCAAGGAGAGAUCCUGACAGCGUGGAAAGAAAGGGAAUGAGAAAUGAAAGGCAAGAUGAUGAAAACAAGGACUGUGGCUCCUUGUAUCUGUCAAGGACUGAGACAAAGGAGUCCAAGAGUGUGAUUUCUGAAUCCAAAGAGUACUCCAGCCAUGGAAAAGAUCGUAUUCCAGAUAAAGACCUCUCAAAUGAAAAGGGUGAUAGAAAAGCAGAUGAUGACAGUGCCAUUAGACAGGCUUCUGACCCUUCGGCAACCUUGGAUAGCUCUGUCUCCCUUUCAAUUUCUGGAAGAGAAUCUUCCUCCUAUAAUGAAGUGCCAAUAUCACCAAAGCAAACCCCUAGAGAGUCCCUUUCUUCACCAAAGCGGGCAGCCUCACCAAUCCAUAUGCAAAAUGACCAGCCCUUGCACAGUAACAUCAGACAAAGUGCAGGGAAAGCAAAACCUGAAUGGUUUCUUCAGAAAGAUUCGGAGGGGGACACACCUUCACUUAUCAGCUGGCCUUCCAGAGUAAAAGUUAGAGAGAAACUGGUCAAAGAGGAAAGUGCUCGAGGAAGCCCUGAACUUGUCACAGACAGAGUAUCUCAGAGAAAGUCCCAUCCAGUGCCAGCCCACUACAUGCCUCUUCAGACAGAAACGUCUGCCUUUGAUAGGGUUGUAAAUCAGCCCGUCAGCUCAGUCCGCCAACCAGUACAUGGCUAUAUUCAGCCUGCUGGCACUGCUCACACAGCUCAGCUGAUGGCAACAGAAGAGCCGGCAAACAUCUCUGUCGGCAGCCUCCUCCUACCAGACAAUGUCAGCCACUUAACAAAGCCAUCAGCAUCCGCUGCAUCAGAGAGUGAAAAGAAAGAGAGUUAUGGAUCAAAGCCUGAUGAAGGAGAUUCCUUGGAAGGUGAGCAGGCUUCCAAAGGCAGAAGACCAAUUUUGCCAUCUGAGAUUCGCAAGCAAGGGAAGAACCGUGAAGGCCUCUUUGGAGGAGGAGAAUUGGAUACCCCUGUGGGGAGUGCCUCUUUCACAAGCAAGCUAAAAGUUAACUCAGAAGUUCAGAGAGAGCUGGAAUGCAAUAAGAGGCAAGCUCCUGAGCAGCAGUUUAAGAACCCUGAGAACAUAGAAAGGAGUGAAGCUGUAAUGUACAUACAGAGUGGGUCUGUGUCGCAGCCUGCCAAGGCAAAAGCUCCUGUUUGGAAAGUGUCGACAGCAAAGCAUAAAGUCCUGACUCGCUCAAUGUCUGACUAUACUGUGACUCCUAAGCUAGAAGUUUUUAGAAGUAAGGAGAGCAUGGAAGCAGAUGCACCAAAUGGUGAGAUUGGCAUGGUUGACACAAAAGUCUCUGUUGCCCAGCUCCGUAAUAUCUUUCUGGAGACUGCUAACGCGAACAAGAAGUCGGAACUUGAAUCUCGGUUUGAGAAGUCAACAGCAGGCAGCACUUUGUCUGCCAAUGGUGACCGUGAAAGAGGGCCGCGAAGGCCGAGGCGCUAUUUUACUCCUGGUGAAAAUAGAAAGACUUCUGAGAGAUUUAAAACUCAACCUAUAACAUCAGCAGAACGAAAGGAGACAGAUAGGUCAAUUUUGAGUGCAGAGAUACCAGCUGCUGAAGACGAGGAAAAAUUGGAUGACCGAGCCAAACUAAGCGUAGCUGCAAAGAGGCUGCUUUUUAGAGAAAUGGAAAAAUCAUUUGAAAUGAAAAAUAUUCCUAAACCACCGACAAGAAGUUCAGCCGUAGAGAGAAGGCUGAGGCGUUUGCAGGAUAGAUCCCACACACAGCCCAUUACCAGCGAGGAAGUGGUCAUUGCAGCUAGUGAAUCUACCCCUGCUUCACGUUCUGUGAAUACCCACACAGUAGUGACAAGAGUACCUAGUCCCACUGUAGUUAAGAGCACUGUACAACCUAUCAGCUUGCAGGCAUCAGCACAUCAAAAAAUUUUAGCUAAAGAGGAGAUAAGAGCUGCCAGAGAGGCAAUGGGGCCAGAUCAGUCUGAUGAACCAGAUUCUUCCACCUUAAGCUUGGCAGAAAAGAUGGCUUUAUUUAACAAACUGUCUCAACCAGUAUCCAGGGCCAUAUCCACAAGGACUCGAGGAGAUAUUAGGCACAGGAGAAUGAAUGCUCGUUACCAGACUCAACCAGUCACUCUUGGAGAAGUUGAGCAGGUAAGUAGUGGAAAACUAACUCCCCUGUCAACUGCAGUUGCAACGUCUGUUUCAACAAUGGCAUCUGUCCUUUCUCCACUGUACUCUGGAGACCUGCAUGUGAAGGCAGCUGCUGAUGGAAGUGCAAGCAUUGCCACUAGAGCUGAUUUGAGAUUCCAGUCCUCGGCAGAAAACUUAGACUCCUCAGGAAAACGCACACAGAAGCCAGAACAGUGGCAGCCCCCAUUGGAAGCACUAGAAAUCAACAGAGCAUCAAAGAAGCAUGACGAAGAGAGAAGGAGGUUUCUAGCACAUGAAGCUAAUGAAAUUACAAAGUACAGCUCCUUUGAGGAAGAAACCACACAUCCUGUUUCUGAAAAAACAGGAGACUACCAUAAAGAGACAACACACAGCUUCCUUAGGAAGGGCAGCAUGGAACUGUUUAGUUCACAAGCACUUUUUCAGCCUCUUGAACAGAAGGAAAUUGAUACUCACACACAAGGUAAAUGGCAAGUCAGCCAGUCCUUUGAAGAAAAGAUAGAUUUGGAAAGAGUUAUGAAAAGCAAGACUUCGUGAAGAGCAGCUUACCACGCUGAGCCAACUUCUGAACUCACCAGCACAUCAGCAAUGAGGACAGUUUCAGAAACUGCAACUGCGGCAUCUUCUAGACUGCAGGAGCUCUCUGAACAACUGGAAGGCAAAUUUUAUAAGAAUUCCUGUGAGAUGUUUUCCGUUGGAGAGAACAAAGCACAAACAGCUGAGGAUAUCCUUGAUAAUUCCAGCAAAACUAUGUCAAUUAAGGAAAGGUUGGCAUUGCUGAAGAAGAGUGGUGAAGAAGAUUGGAAGAGCAGGCUCAGCAAAAAGCAGGAGUAUGCAAAAAUGUCUGUCACUGAUCGUAGCACUCAGAUGCAAGAAGUUGAGCAGCUGUUGAAGAAGAGAGUGGCAGAUAACCAGGAGAGUCAGAUGACCAUCGAAGAAAGGAAGCAUCUGAUUACAGCUCGAGAAGAAGCCUGGAAGUCCAAGGGUAAAGGAGCAGCCAAUGACUCCACACAGUUCACUGUAGCUGGCCGAAUGGUAAAAAAAGGAUUGGCUUCUCCAAGUGCCCUAACACCAGUAGCAUCCCCCUUCAGUAACCGCCAGAAGUCUAACACUCCAGUCACAAAGCCCUUGGAAGAAAUUGAAGCCAGGCCUGAUAUGCAGUUGGAAUCGGAUAUGAAGCUUGACAAGUUGGAGUCAUUCUUGGGAAGGCUGAAUAACAAAGUUGCUGGGAUGCAAGAGACAGUGCUGACAGUUACAGGGAAAUCUGUGAAAGAGGUGAUGAAGCUGGAUGAUGAUGAAACGUUUUCCAAAUUUUAUCGCCAUGUGGAUUUUCCUUCCUCCUCAGUGCCUUUGGAUCUUGAUGAGGAUUUUGAUGCCAUCUUUGAUCCUUAUGCACCAAAGUUGAUAUCUUCUGUAGCAGAACACAAACGUGCAGUUAGGCCUACACGCAGAGUCCAGUCCUCAAGAAACCCACUGAAAAUGCUGGCAGCAAGAGAAGAUAUUCUUCAUGAAUAUACUGAACAAAGACUGAAUGUUGCCUUCAUGGAGUCAAAGCGAAUGAAAGUAGAAAAAAUGUCUACAAACUCAAAUUUCUCAGAAGUAGCACUUGCUGGCUUGGCGAGCAAAGAGAACUUCAGCAACGUUAGCCUGCGGAGUGUCAAUCUAACAGAGCAGAACUCUAACAACAGUGCUGUGCCCUACAAGAAGCUAAUGCUGCUGCAAAUUAAAGGAAGAAGACAUGUUCAAACAAGAUUAGUUGAACCAAGGGCCUCAUCACUCAACAGCGGAGACUGUUUCCUGUUGUUAACUCCACAUUUGUGUUUCUUAUGGGUAGGAGAGUUUGCAAAUGUAAUAGAAAAAGCAAAGGCUUCAGAACUUGCAACUUUAAUUCAGACAAAGAGGGAACUCGGCUGUCGAGCUUCUUACAUACAGACUAUAGAAGAAGGAAUAAAUACCCACACCCAUGCAGCCAAAGACUUCUGGAAACUCCUUGGUGGACAGACAAAUUACCAGUCUGCUGGAAGUCCUGAAGAAGAUGAAAUGUAUGAAGCUGCAAUAAUAGAAACAAAUUGCAUUUACCGCCUGGUAGAGGAUAAACUCAUUCCUGAGGAUGACUACUGGGGGAAGGUGCCAAAAUGUACCCUGCUACAACCAAAAGAGGUACUGGUGUUUGAUUUUGGCAGUGAAGUGUAUGUAUGGCAUGGAAAGGAAGUUACUUUAGCACAAAGAAAAGUGGCAUUCCAGCUAGCAAAGCACUUGUGGAAUGGCACCUUUGACUACUCCAAUUGUGACAUAAAUCCUCUGGACCCAGGAGAAUGCAAUCCCCUCAUACCCAGAAAGGGACAAGGACGCCCAGACUGGGCUGUGUUUGGCAGACUCACAGAACAUAACGAGACUAUACUGUUCAAAGAAAAAUUUCUUGAUUGGACAGAGCUGAAGAAACUCAAUGAGAAAAAUUCCAGUGAAUCCCUUCACCAGAAGGAAGAAUCCAGAUCUGAUUCUAAACCAUAUGAUGUCAUGCUAAUGGUAGCUGUGCCCCAAACGACUGUAGGCACAGUGUUGGAUGGAAUUAAUAUUGGCCGGGGCUAUGGACUUGUCGAAGGAGAAGAUGGGAGACAAUUUGAAAUUAUCACUGCAUCUGUGGAUGUCUGGCACAUCCUGGAAUUUGAUUAUAGUAGACUGCCUAAGCAAAGCAUAGGGCAGUUCCACGAGGGAGACACGUAUGUGGUGAAGUGGAAGUACAUGGUGAGCACUACAGUUGGAAGCAGGCAAAAGGGAGAGCAACAAGUAAGAGCUGUUGGAAAAGAGAAAUGUGUGUAUUUCUUUUGGCAAGGAAGGCACUCCACAGUGAGUGAGAAAGGGACAUCUGCCCUGAUGACAGUGGAACUUGAUGAAGAGAGAGGAGCACAGGUACAAGUGCUUCAAGGGAAAGAACCACCAUGCUUCCUGCAGUGCUUCCAAGGAGGGAUGAUUGUGCAUGCUGGAAGAAGGGAAGAGGAAGAAGAAAAUGCACAAAGUGACUGGAGGCUAUAUUGCGUGCGAGGAGAAGUUGCCAAUGAAGGAAACUUACUUGAAGUAGCAUGUCACUGCAGCAGCCUGCGUUCCCGGACAUCCAUGAUUGUCCUCAAUAUAAAUAAAGCUCUUAUCUACCUGUGGCAUGGCUGCAAAGCACAGUCUCACACCAAGGAUGUAGGAAGAACAGCAGCCAAUAAAAUAAAAGAACAGUGUCCACUGGAGGCAGGACUGCACAGCAGCAGCAAGGUGACCAUACAUGAAUGUGAUGAAGGGUCGGAGCCCUUGGGAUUCUGGGACGCGUUAGGAAGGAGAGAUCGAAAGGCCUACGAUUGCAUGUUGCAAGAUCCUGGAAAGUUUAAUUUCACCCCCCGCCUGUUCAGCCUCAGUAGUUCAUCAGGAGAAUUCUCAGCCACGGAGUACGUUUACCCUUCAAGAGACCCUGCUGUCAUCAAUUCCAUGCCAUUCUUGCAAGAGGAUCUUUACACUGCCCCACAGCCAGCACUGUUCCUGGUUGACAAUCACCACGAAGUGUACCUGUGGCAAGGCUGGUGGCCUGUGGAAAACAAAAUUGCUGGAUCAGCUCGAAUCAGGUGGGCUACAGACAGGAAAUGCGCCAUGGAGACAGUGCUCCGGUACUGCAAAGGAAAGAAUGUAAAGAAGCCCCCAAAAUCCUAUCUAAUUCAUGCUGGCCUUGAACCUCUGACUUUCACUAAUAUGUUCCCAAGUUGGGAACACAGGGAAGACAUUGCAGAGAUCACAGAAAUGGAUGCUGACGUUUCUAAUCAGAUAAUCCUUGUAGAGGACGUGCUGGCCAAGCUGUGUAAAACAGUGUAUCCGCUAGCAGAUCUCCUAGCUAGGCCUCUGCCUGAGGGAGUUGAUCCACUGAAGCUUGAGAUUUAUCUUUCAGAUGAGGACUUUGAGGUUGCAUUAGAGAUGACAAGAGAAGAGUACAAUGCACUGCCAUCUUGGAAGCAGGUUAAUCUAAAGAAGGCAAAAGGACUUUUCUGAGUUGUGUUUAUUGGAGUGAGUACUAGAGGGAUGUCUGUUUUCACUUUCUAUGCCCUUCUGAAGAAUUGUACCCCACAUUUACAAAAUAAAUAGAAAUAAUCCAAAGUUAUUAGUGACUACCUAUCUGGAGGUGUGUAAUACUAUAAAAGGCCAAGAUAACUCUUUGGAAAUGGAAUUCAAUUUUAAUAGUUAAAGGUAACAUGUUUAAGCUCUACUCUCCUAUGCACUUAAAGAGUAGUUUCUUGAACUACUGCAGCAGGUGUCCUUUGGCUAUAAUCAAUACUUGCCAUUUUUGUUUUUGAAGAAGUUCUCUUUGUAAAGUGUUAUUUUGUUAGUUUGUGGAUUACAAAGAAUUUAUAUUUAUAUAAACACAUAGAACAAAUAUGUAUUUAACAAUGCAAUAUAUAUUCACUUUCAAGACUAUCAUGUCAAAACUACAGAAAAGUAGCUGGAUGGCAGUUGCUUUUACUGAAUUAGCUAUACUACCCAUAUGUAUCUCUUAUGCAUUCAUUCUGAAAAGUUUCUCUUUGCAAUAGGUAAUGAAUUGUUCUCAGUGCUGCUUCAGGUGCUAAACUGAACAAAGCGUUUGUAUUUAUAGCAUGGAUUUCUGGAGAAACUAUGCGAAUCAACCUUUAUACUUUAUUAUCCAAAAAUGUAUAGUGCCUUGUUUUUUGUGUACAGUUUAUAUACAAAAAAAAAAAAGGAUUGGUCUGCAUUUUGAAGAUGGCUUAGAACGAUCUCCUAUGUUACUUUUAUAAUGGUAGAAAUAAAAACAUCUCAGUUUCUAAUACUUGUUGUAAACAUUAAACAUGUCUUUUGUGAUAUAAGAACUGAAAGUAAAAGCUUCUGAAUAAACUCUUAGCAAUGC